UCGCCGAUCACACGAGUUUCGAGUGAAUUUUACGAUAAGAGUUGCAAAGCACGAGCAGCAUCCGCGACCAUGCGUCUGAUAAUUCUCGAUACGGCCGCGUACGUCGGCGAGUGGUCGGCAAAGUACGUGAUGAAGCGGAUCAAUGACUUCAAGCCGGGCCCGGAUCGCUACUUUACGCUCGGUCUGCCGACCGGGUCGACACCGCUCGGUAUGUACCGCAAGCUGAUCGAGUUCCACCAGCAGGGCCGCGUUUCCUUCAAGUACGUCAAAACGUUCAACAUGGACGAGUACGUCGAUCUGGCGCGGGACCACCCGGAAAGCUACCACUACUUCAUGUGGCACAAUUUCUUCAAACACAUCGACAUCGAUCCGGCGAACGUGCACAUCCUGGACGGGAAUGCACCCGAUCUGGUGGCGGAGUGUGACGCGUUCGAGGAGAAGAUCAAGGCCGCCGGAGGGAUCGAACUGUUCAUCGGCGGUAUCGGCCCGGACGGGCACAUUGCCUUCAACGAACCGGGGUCCUCGUUGGCGUCACGGACGAGAGUGAAAACACUGGCGCAGGACACGCUCGAGGCGAAUGCGCGGUUCUUCGGGAACGACAUCAGUAAAGUGCCGCGACAAGCGCUGACGGUCGGCGUCGCAACGGUCAUGGAUGCACGCGAGGUGAUGAUUAUGAUCAUCGGCACGCACAAGGCGUUCGCACUGUACAAAGCGAUCGAGGAGGGUGUGAACCACAUGUGGACGGUCAGCGCCUUCCAGCAGCACCCGCACACGAUCAUGAUCUGCGACGAGGAUGCGACCCUCGAGCUGCGCGUCAAAACCGUCAAGUAUUUCAAGGAUUGCUACAAACUAUCGGCCGAUGGGUUCGUGGAGGCCACCAUUCCGAACUGAAAAUGUGCCCGACCGGUUCUUCGUUUGUUUUACUCCCCCUGUUUGUGUGUUCGAAGCCUCCGGGUCGAUUCAUGCUUUAAUUCCCCGUCACCAGAGAUCGUUCACGCGGCCACCACUUUUUAUGGAUGCAUCCGAAGAAGCGUUUGCUGGAAAGCGUCCGCGGCCUGUCCGGUCUCGGAAUAUAACCCCCUUUGAUCUCUACCCCGUAGGGCUUGAUGGAUGUACACUCGAAGCUAAUCGAGGACGAUGCACCGAAGUAGGAAGCCGGGCAUAGUGCCAGGAUGCAGGCGGCCACCUCAGGACCGAUAACCAUAACUACCUAAGCAUUUUACAGAACCACUGUACUGCACACCGGGAACCGGGACGGCCAACAAAUUAACGAAGAAACACAGCUGGAUUGGGUUUCGGGGCAACUAAUUGAAUCUCGCAGCGAACGGAAUUCGUCUAUCGGUCGAAAUCGAACGAACGUUU